AUGACAGGCUCGGCCAUCCUAGACAUCCAUGAUCACACUAGACGGUUUAUUCCCAAAAACAGAGACGUCUCAUCUCCAUACAAGCACCUGAAAGUCUUCACCGACCAAGGAUCAUCUGCCGACAUCUGGGACCUGCUCAAGAAAAAUCAUCAAAAUAUAGUGUCAUUCUUCCUUGAAAUGGGUCUGGGGAUUUUUAGCAAAAAUUUACUGGAUUUAGAUUUCCAGUUCCAAUUUUUCCCAAAACUGACAAGUUUUACCUUUUGCAGCAAUGCUCCAAAUGAAUGGUUUGAUUUCAAGAACAUGGUCCAACUCCUACGCAACUGUCCGGUGUUAAAAUAUUUCACAAUCUUCCAACUCCAAGGUCCAAAAACUCACAAAGAAGCGGUUCAAAUCUUGAACACUCAAGGCAAGGCUGCAUGUGAGAAUCUGCAGCUGGAAAGUUCUGGAUUUUACCGUGGAAUUAGAGCCAAUGAACUGCAGCAAGUGUGGGUACCUUGUGAGGUGAUUGAAAAACUCUGA